UGUUUUUACUUUGGUCUCUGCUAAACAUUGUCUUCUUAAGCUCUAAAUUAGCUAUAUAACGCCCUCCACAGCCAAACCUCACCAACAUUAUACAAGGAGGAGCCUGUGAAAAUGGCGCUCGGCUCCGGCAAUUAUGCGAAUAGAAUGUGUUUGCAUUUGCUUCUUCUACUGCUUUUCUCUGUAAAUGUGGCUUUCUCUGACACACUAGUCACCUCUUUACCAGGAUUCGACGGUGAUCUUCCUUUUAAACUCUAUACUGGGUAUGUCAAUAUCAGCGUCGGUAAUGCCGAGAUGUUUUACUAUUUCAUCGAGUCAGAGGGGAACCCCAUAGAGGACCCUGUUUUGCUCUGGUAUAGUGGCGGCCCUGGUUGCUCUGCUUUCAACGGUCUCAUUUACGAAAAUGGUCCAUUAGCUUUCAACCUUACAGAUUUCGCAGGGGGUCUACCAAAAACAUAUUAUUAUCCGUACUCAUGGACAAGGACUGCCAGCAUAUUAUUUGUAGAUGCACCUGCUGGCACUGGUUUCUCCUAUGCUGGUGCUGAUGCUUUCCCUGUCACAGACACAAAAACAGCAGAACAGGUUUAUGAGUUCCUAAGGAAGUGGUUGGUUGAACACCCAGACUACCUGCUAAAUCAAUUAUUUAUUGGGGCUGAUUCUUAUUCAGGCAUAUCCGCCCCAAUUGUUGUUAAACGGAUAAUUGAUGAUAAUGAUGCUGGAAUUGAGCCACGAUUGAAUCUCAAGGGGUAUAUUCUGGGGUGCCCUCGAACUGAUACGGAUAUUAAUGAAAAUUCAAAGAUAAUAUAUUCUCAUCGCAUGGGGCUCGUAUCAGAUGAACUCUACAAGGCAGCAAAAGAAAGUUGUAAUGGGAGUUACUCUAGUGUUACUACAUCACAAGCAGAAUGCUAUGAGGAUCUCAAAUUAAUCCAGCAUUGUACUAGGGAAAUAAACAAAAAUCAUAUUCUGGAGCCCAAGUGCACCUGGGCAUCCCCAGAACCAUAUGGAGAAUCUGUUCGAAGAGCUCUUGAAGAAGACACUGAUGGCUUAUUCCUGUCAUCCUCAAACACUAGUACUGAUUAUUUUUGCCAUACCUUUAGUUAUGCACUCUCUUACUUGUGGGCCAAUAAUCAAAGUGUCCGAAGUGCUCUUAAUAUCCGAGAGGGAACAGUACAAGACUGGAAGAGAUGCAACAAGAGCAUAUCAUUCAAAUCUGAUGUCUCCAGUGUCAUUGAUUAUCAUAAAAAUCUCAGCACCAAGGGGUUGCAAGUUCUAAUAUUCAAUGGUGACCAUGACCUAGUUAUUCCAAAUAUUGGUACGCAGCAAUGGAUCAAGGUGCUAAAUUUAACCAUAGUUAAUGAUUGGCAUCAGUGGUUAGUGGAUGGUCAAGUUGCAGGAUACACCAUUAAAUAUUCAAGUAAUGGAUACCGCUUGACCUAUGCAACUAUAAAGGGAGCGGGUCACUCACCUCAAGAAUAUAAGCGUAGGGAAUGCUUUGACAUGUUCGAUAGGUUUAUCCAUUAUUAUCCACUCUAAUUAACACCGGGGGCUCCAAGAUUUAUGAGUGGUUUUAGUCUCCAAUGCUAAAUUUUGUUCAUCUUGUAAUUUUGUACUACUUCAUAAAUAAAAACCCCUUCACGAUAUUUCUGAA